AUGCUAAUGCUACUUAUCUUGGGCCUUUCUCCAUUAACAGAAGGUAUAAAAUUCGACCUACCGGGUGUCAAGUACCCAACGGAGAAAUGCAUCUGGAACCACGCGAACGAGAAUGUACUCGUUAUCGUUACCGCAAAUGUUGCACCAGGUCCGGACCAGAGAGUAGAUGUGAGUCUGGUGGAUGGAAGCGAUCACCAGAACGUGUACCUCAUGAAGCGGAAUGUACGUGGCGAGACGAGGCUCGCCAUUACGACACAUGCCGAAGGAGACCUUGGUGUAUGUUUUACCAAUACUCUCGACUCAAGGAUACCAGUGCAGGAUAUUGGCCGGUACUCACGUGCAGUGGAUCUUGAUGUCGAUAUUGGCGAGGAGGCUAUUGACUACAACGCCAUCGCAAAUCAAGAAUCUCUUUCCGGGUUAGAGGUGGAGAUGCGCAAGUUAGAGGGGAUGGUGCGGGAGAUCACGGACGAGAUGGCCUACCUGAAGCGACGGGAAAUCAAAAUGCGAGACACGAAUGAAUCCACGAACCGACGCGUGCAAAAUUUCUCUCUAUUCACGGUCGUCAGCCUCAUCGGUCUCGGGGUUUGGCAGAUUUUCCAUCUUCGGGCGUUCUUUAGGCGGAAAUACCUCAUAGACUGA